GAAGUUGUACCUGCAUUAUGUUAGUUUCCUUUAAAAUGUUGUUCCUUAACUUGUGAUUGAGUUGUAUGAAGAAAAAUCUGAAUAACUUUGUGACGAUUAAUUCCAAAUACUUAAAUAUUUUAUUGUUUCGAAUUCAGUUAAUUACUAAAGUUAAGAUUCUGUGUGAACCCGGCAAACUCGGCUUUCAACUUAAAGUUUGGUAAGCAAGUUUCAACACUAAAAUGACCAAUAUAUUGACUCGUUUACAAGAAAAUGGCAUGCCAAUUUCUUCUAAGAUGGACAACCCUACCAAUGGAGAAAUACAUAUUUGGAGAAUGAGAGUUGCUGUUGUAUGGAGUAUUAUUAUUCAGCUCAUGAUGUUCUUGACUUAUAUCUUGUUCAUAAGUGCAGAUCCCUUUCAUCCUUUGUCAUGGAUAGCAAAUUGCUUUAGUGUGUUUCUCUCUCUUAGUUUGUGGCCCAAGCUCGUUGUACUCGUACUCACAAUUUACUCACAAGGAGAGGUUUGCAAAAGAGACUAUGUAACUGGCCCUGUAUACCAUGUCACAAGAUUUCAAAAGAUUCGUCACAUAUUCAGUAUCCGCAACAUUUUAUUGAUGUUGUUACAUGUUGUGAUUGGAGUUACAGUAUUUUGCAUCUAUAGCUCCAUUCAUGAUAGCACGUCUUACUUUCUCGUCAAACCCUGUGUAUAUAAAUUUCAGUCAAAACUCAUGGAUAGUUGCCUCGUUGAGAACAAUCUAUUUCUGUUGCUCGGAGGAGUUUGGAUUGGAAUUUUUUACUUCGUAAAUGAUUACAUGUUUGGUUCUAGAAACUUGAUAUUUCCUUUGAUUCAACAAUAUAAGUUUUAUCGGGUAAAAGCAGCAUUGAAGGAGAACAUGAAGCAUUCCAUAAAACAUUCGGUUGUGCCGACUGUUAUUUUCUUGAUUCUGUAUUAUAUUUAUGGCGGUUUGAUUCGAAGUGCUAUAGCUGAAUUUCUCUCCCUCAAAAUGGACAAAGAACCUAUUGAUUCGAUUCGAGGAUUACUGAACAUCAAGUUAAUUUUCUACCUUUGGUUAUUUUCAUCUAUUUUUGUCACUGGAUUGCACACUAUGGAACUGUUAUUCAAUGUGCAUCUAACUGAACACUGUGUUUUUCCGGUUUCUAAUGAACUGUUGCCAACUGGAAACCACAUGAGACUGAUUGAUUCCCUCAAGAAGGCUGAUGUCCCAAUCAUUCACCAUUUGGGUUAUUUAGAUCUAUUCAUAUUAUCAACAAAGUGUCGUCAAAGGAGAGAAGAAAUAUUUACAUUGAGUCACCCUGGAGGACAUCCACAUGACUGGAAUAGUAUACAUAAAGAGUGUAUCACCUUGAUAAAGACUUUUACUAGCGACUUGAGUCAAGCAUUGCUGCAAGAUAACAGUAAUAAAAAAGACGCUCUGAACAAAGUGUCUAAAGUUGAAGUGACUGGUUUCCAUUUUCAUAAUCACAACAUAAGAAAACUAGCUUCCCCUAUGGGUGUCAAGAUGGUUGGUGAGAGAACCCUGGAGGCUCAGAGUGCUGUUGAAGUCGCCUUUAACAAUAUCCAAAACUGGGUGAACGCCAAACUAGAACAGUUUUAUAAGAAACCUUACAUCGCUUAUUUUUUUGGGGAGUCUCCAGACACCAGAAUAAACUUCUUGCUCUGUAAGUCACAGCCUGUUAUAUGGGCCGUUCAAGGUUUGGCAUUCUUGUGUUCAGCUUCCUUGACUGAAGACCGCUACGGAAUCGUUCAAAAAGAUUUGCCUGAUAUCAUCAACACAGUUGUAAAUCUCAAACAGGUUUUGGACAAGCUUUUUAAACAGAACCUCAUUGUCAAGAAGUCGUUUGCAAACGAUCCUUUGGACGUUCAAAUGAAGUACUUAUUGAGAUCAUCAGUGAAGAGAAGUUUGUACUUGAUAGCUGUCACAUUUGGUCCUUACAUGAAAGAUAUUCAGUUACCAGUGGAUGUGAAAUUGCAGUUGGACAACUUCAGUGCAUUCAAGGAGGUUUGAAUUUUCUAUCUGGGUAUAAUGCAUUUUUCUAGUCCAGUUCCUGAUAAAAAAUGAAUUCUUACAUUUUUGUACUAGUUCACAUUUAUUUUUGACUUAAUUGUAAUUUUGACAUGAAUGUAUAGCUAGGACUACUUCUAUUUAUUAAGACCAUGGCCGAUUUGGUAUUCAAGGGUAUUCUGUGCAGUAUCCCCGCCUUUAAACACACGUUUAACUCAUUCCAUAUUUCUAAAAUAAUCUCAACAUGACAAGCCUAGUACCGUAUCACUAAUUUUAGAUACCAUUUAAGUCGGUGAUGUAAACCGGAUGUAUUAUAUUUGAUAAUCCUGAUGAAUGUAAAUCUACUUUAAGUGUAAGUUAGUAAAAUCCAUUAGCUGGCUCCAACUCCUUCAAAUUUAAGUCGAGUCAGGCCAGGUUAGGUUAGGAUACUUAUUCAUUAUUUUAUUUGUAAUAUCUAGAAAAUUGUUUACAUAUGAUAAAUGUUAUUACCAUCCUACCCUAACCUGAUUGAUCUUGCAUUUAAAAAGGUCGGGGCAGCUAACAGGUAUUUGACCUUAUUCGUAAAUGACAUGGAGCCUAUUCAAUCAAGCAAAGCGAGUAGGUAGUCAUUACAAAUUUCUUUACCUUUGCUUAUCAGGAGAUAUUAAAACCAGACUUAAACUAAAAACAAACUAACCCAAAUUCUUUUCAUAGCCCCUAAUACAAUAGGUAUGGUUCUAUAGCCUACUCUUGCCAGGUUUUUCAUCCUGUGUCUUACGUUUGACACCAUUCAAUAUAGGCCUAUAGGCUAAGCCAAUCAAGCAACCCUUUAUUUCUUAUGUCAGCUGUGUGUCCUAUAAGAAAAUCUGCUCCGGAUAUUUUAUAAACGGGAUAACAAUUUUGAUGUUAAAUCGUAGGAGUGUUAACAAUUAGUAUGAUGGUAGGUUAAACAAUUCAAAGCUGUUGUGGUCUUAUUAAAAGAUGUGCUGUAAAUAAUAUUGUAAAUUUAAUGUUGAUCGUAGAUUAUUUAAGAUUCAUGUAUUUCAAGUUAAAAACAGUUUUCCAACUAGGUCAAACAAUCUUUUUUUUCAAUUUGUAUUGCUUCUGAAGGUAUCAAAUUAUUAUGUAUAACACUAUCAGCCUAUACAGUUGUGGUGCUACUGUGCAAUAAACCUAUAAACUAAACCUUACCUAACCUCUGCAAAAAACUCGUGUACCACCAAGUGAUCCUACUCUUUUAGUCAGAAUACCAUGUUUUGAAGGCAAACUGGGAUCAUCCCAUAUUUUUUGUCUCAUGACACUAAAAAACCCCAGAAAUAAAUCAACAAUUUAUGGAAGUAUAAGAAUAUAUAUCAGCAAUAUAUUUAAUACCUGGCACCAUGGUGGAAGGAAAAUACAUCUAGGUGUGCUAUUCCCAUCAUAUUCUGACGUCACUCGGAUUUCAAACAAAAGAUCACCUGAUUGUAACUUUCAAAUUAGUACAGUACCUAUGUAUUUGUUUUGAUUUGAUUGUUAUUGUUUUUAUAAUGUUUUCAAAAUGGUUGAAUGUGUUCAUUAUAAAAACAAUAACAACCAAAUCAAAACAAAUCAGGUGAUCAUUUGUUUGCAAUCCGAGUGACGGGAAUAGCACACCUAUGUAUUUUCCUUCCACCAUGACCUGGCACAUUUAGGGGACAAAUAGGGGAACAAUUGGGGCUUGAUAAAUAUUAACAAAUCUAAUAAUGAUAACCAAACUAUAAGCUAAGAGAAGCAAUGGAAGGAAAAACAAAAUUGGAAUGUAAGAAAGUAAUAACUAGGUAAAUGACCUUCAAUCACUAGUUAAGUGCACAUAGUGCACCAAUGAAAUGUGAAAUGUACCUGAAAGUUUACUACAAACUCUCUUACCUGGGCAAAUCAAGUGACAAUCAGUUGCCUAAAGGCAAAAGUGUCUUUUAUACUUAAGAUCUCAAGUAUUUGCUAUAAAAAGAUGUUGGUAUUUUGAUAACAUUGCAUAAAAAUGCAAGAUAGCACUCUGAUCCCAGAUUAAGACUCUGCAGUGUAUUGUACAACACACAUUUUAAAUUUGAAUAUUGUUAUACAACUGACUGCAAUUAUUAGGAUAGGUUUUUAUUGCAGAUUACAACAAUAGUAUCUAGGAGAAAUUUUAAGUGAUUAUAAGCUGGAAACAUAAAUUAUAUGGUGUACAACAUUGAAUUAUUAUUAGCAACAGCAACAACGAUAAGUAGGCUUAUCUACCUUGUAGCCAUACAAAGCAGGCUAAUUCCUUUUGAUAUACCAAUAGUACAUAAUCAUGAAUUGUAAUCCAAUCUUCAGGACUAAACACAAAGAAUCCUGUUUAAGGUUUAGUUUAUUAAUUUUAUGUGAUUAGCUCUGAAGGUUGAAUUAAUAAAAAAACACAAUUUCUUAAAAUGACCUAAAUAAUUGAAUAGGACUACAGUAUGUAA